UGUACCAACAAAUUGAUGGUGUGGCUAUGGGCAGUCCAUUGGGCCCUCUCUUUGCUGAUAUAUUCAUGUCCUUUCACGAACAAUCCUGGCUUAAUAAAUGUCCUUCUUCAUUCAAAACACUACUUUACCGACGCUACGUUGACGACUGUUUUUUACUUUUUCAUUCCUCCGAUCAAGUCCCUCUCUUUCUUGACUAUCUGAACCGACAACACCCUAACAUCACAUUCACAGCUGAAGUCGAACAAAACAGAAAGCUCUCAUUUCUUGACAUUGAUAUCUCUCGUACUAAUGGAAAAUUCACCACUUCCGUCUACCGCAAACCUACUUUCACUGGCCUCUUCACCAACUUCCACAGCUUCAUCCCACUUACUUACAAAUUUUCACUAGUCUCCUGCUUACUUCACCGCAUCUUCAACCUUUGUUCUACUUACGAAAAUUUUCAUACACAACUCGAAUUUACCAGAAAGUCACUCACCAAAAACGGUUUUCCUUCACGUAUAAUUGACCAAAUCACACGUCGCUUCCUUAACAACACCUUUGCCCCUAAACCACCUGUCUUGACUGCUCACAAAAUGCCCAUCUAUUUCUGUCUUCCUUUCACCGGCAUACACUCCCUUCAAAUUCGCACACAAAUCAAUAGCCUUUGUGCUGCAGCCUUCCCACAUAUAUCUAUUAAAUUUGUUAGCUGCAACGCCUCGUAUGUGGGUCAAACCACACGUCAU